CCCAACUACCAGAUCUCUCCUCACUCUCCGCAGAGGUGAGCCGACCCACCAGUUCAACGACUCACACCAUUCCCGGAAACACUACGCCGGUCGUCGUCUCCGCCAUUCAACCCACCAACAUGUCGACGAGGCCGACCCUGAGGGUGUCGACACCUCUCACUGCAAACUUUCCUAAUCUUCCACCGUCCGCCUCAGAGCUUCGAUCUGCCGUGUCACUUCCCUCUGCUGCCUCGGCAAACACACCCCUGUCUGCCAUCUCACGAACGUCUGCCUUCCGGGACCCCAUCCCUUCCUCUGGACUGCCUUCAGCCGGCCUUCCUUCCGCCGGACCCUUCAGCGCAACCAUCAAGAUGGAGCAUGACCUCCAAAAGACACCCAUCACGCCUCCUGUUGCUUACCUAGACUUUCUCAAGGGCAUGUCACUAGUGUCGCCGUGCCUCGCCUCGCCGCCGCAAACCGGAAAGUCCCUUCUCAACCGGACAAGCACGGCGAGCACCACCAGUACCACUAGUAGCCGCUCGACUGAAGCAGAGGACUCGGAGAAGGAGAAGGGCGAUCAGGUUGAGAGCGCACCAUCAACCGCGCGGUCAGAGCUUAGCUGCGAGUGUGACGGGAAGGAGAAGGAGAAGGAGAAGGAGAAGGAGAAGGAGAAAGAGAACGACGAAGAAAAAGAGAAGGACGAGGAGAAGGCUAAGGGCUCGAAACCGGCGCCAAUAGACACGAAGAAGCAGCCAGAUCCCCCACGCGGCGGGCCCGACUGCCCACUGUCUGCACCGCCCGCCGGACCAACGGUGUUCCCCAGCAUGAAACUACCCGCCUCCCCCGCCGUCUCCACAUCCGGCCUCUACUCACCACGGUCACCGCUCAGCGCCGCCUCAUUACGCUCACCUUUCGACUGGGAAGCGGCGCUCAGGUCCAGGAGAUAUGCCGAAACGCCUGGCUCCAAACGUCCCGCCGCCCCGGAGACCCCCUCUAUCCCUGCUGGUGCUCCUGGCACACCCGGGACGCCGGGACACACCAAGCGGGAGUCGCGGACUAGCGUACGACAUAUCCGGGAAGUCGUCACCCGGACGGUUACCUACACGCCCAGAAUGGCGCCAGCGCCCAAAGGCAAGAGGAGAAAGCUCGACCCAGACACGGCGGUCAAGUCUUGAGAGUGAAUGAGCAAGGAGAGUCGGGCGACGGACCGAAUAAUGGAGCUGGAGAGAGAGCACUUUGCAGAGUUGAAUGGAGACCCCACCGGAGAGUAAUAUCCACUGCUGCGAACGGUGCUGGCUACCGCAACCAUUCCACAGCGAGCCGGCUGGCUGUGACGCGGUUGAUGGUUACUUGCUGCUGCUGCUGCGACAUCUUUAUGGUUUCCCUUUGUUCCUUGGCAGAGACAACACAGCCUCUACAACGGCAGCAUACUAUCGCUAUCACAUACAUCCUGUUUGGCAAUUUCUGGGAGGAGACAUGAAUUUUUUUUCUUUGCAUUGUUUCCAUUUUGUUCGUUCACACGGCCAUCAAGGAGAGCAACGGAACGGACAGGGAUCGGCGAGGAAAAAAAAAGGAGGUGGGAGGGGAGGGGUCGACCCUUGGAAAGCAACCCCCCCUGCGCCCGGACAACUCCAUGGCUGAUAUGCAAGAGACGUCAACUGGCGUUGCUGGGCGGCGUCGAAACACCAUUUUUUGUCUUUGUGCCUUCAUUUUUCCAGGAAUAGGAGCAUGACUUUUGUGGGAAGCAAGGGCGAAGGAAAUGACUACAGGAAAGGAAGGAGGGCUAUCUCGAUACCAGGACGUCAAGGCUCUGUUUGUUUGUUUGUUGGAGAGGGUGGAUUGGGUGGACGGAUAAGAGUUGACAGGCCGGCCAAGCAGUUGGGCAUGUGUUUCUCUGUCCCUUUCAACAGGCUUGUCUGAACGCAUGUGGACAACUGGUUGAUCGCCGAGCUAUGGUGUACAUACAGAUAUAGGCAUUAACUACUUGCUAGGAAAGUGAGCGAGGGAAUCAUGUCAACGUCAAGCCCUGCCGUAGGCCAGUCUGAGCGGUCUAGAAUCGCAUAUCCCAUCUCUCCAUGCUCUGUUUGUUUGCAAGGCGGUCAGAUGAUCUUGUGUGCCGUUGGGUCGACUAUUGACCUGGCGGCGACGGUUGUCACAGUGCGGUUGAAUUGCCGGCUCUUGUAAACGCCAAACAUUGAACAACUUGAGGUCUGCUUCAUCCUGCAUAAGUUCUCGUUCUUUGACCGCCCCUAGAGACAGACAUGUCGGAGGACUUCG